AUGACCGCAACCAUCCUCAUCACCGGGGCCACUGGUAAGCAAGGGGGCGCGACAGCCAGCCACCUCCUCGUGAGAGGAGUCCGCGUCCACGCCCUAGUUCGGACGAAGUCCAGCGCCACCGCGCUCGAGCUGCACCGCCUUAGCGCCAUCCUAGUGGAGGGCAACUUCGACAAAUCCGAUCAACUCCAGCUCGCCUACCAAAACGCAACAGCAGUAUUCCUAAACGUAUCACCCUCUCUUCGAGAUGAUGGUGCCGAACUACAGCAGGCGACCAACGUCGUGCGCGCAGCUCUCGCAUCUGGCACCCGCGAGGACUUCCCCGAAGGGCAUUAUGGCACCAUUUCCAGCGUUCUGAAGGGCUAUUUCGAGAACAAGGCUGCUAUCGAGGACCUUGUGCGUUCGGCUGGCUUCAAGCACUGGACAAUCCUCCGUCCCCUGUCUUCAUAA